AAUUGUUCGUCUAAGUAAACCAGAUUGGUCGACUUUUAAAGAAACUUGCGAAUAUGGGUUUCAAAUAACAAAAGAUGGUCCUAUUAGAGCAAGCAAAAAAGCAAUGACUAUUGAUGAUAAUUACAAAAUAGAAAACGAAAAUACGAGGGAGGAAACUAUUCGUCAUAUAAGUCAUUUAGAUCACUUAUGUGAACUCAAUCUAGUGUCAAAUUCUAACGAGAUAAUUUUACCGUGGUUAUGUAUCUACCUCAAAUUAUCUAAAAAAGAUUUAGAAGAAUUGUCCGAAAUUUCAUCAAAUACCUGCAAUAUAUCAGAACAUCCUAUGACAUGUAUAAAAUUGUCUAAGUCCAACAUCGAAAUUUCAUCAGAGCUAAAACAAGAAAUCAAGGAAGCCGUAGACGAUAUGCAUCCUGCCAAAAAGCUCAUGGAGUUAACAAAAAAAUACGGGCAAUUUUAUGCAAAAAAAAUCGUAAUUGGCGGGAAAAUCGUUGAACAAAAAAUGAUUCCAGGCGUCUCACGUAAAAGUUUAAGUAAUAAAAAUUCAAAUAUCAUACCAACAAGCAAUGAAUAUCUUACUAUUAUUGGCGGUAGCAAAGGGAUUUCCCGUAAGAACGAAUCUGAAUGGAUAAAAUCACUAGAACACGACUCGGAAACUUGGGAAAUUAUUGGAUAUCGAAAGAUCGCAUCCAUUUUUAAUCUCUUGUCAGAAAACGAUGAAGAACAGAGGAUCUUGAGGAAAAAAGUUUUGAAGGCACUUGGACAGAAAAUUCUUCAAACAAAAGUUGAAAAAUUGGAAUUUGAUUUUAAACCGAUGCAGACAAAGCCAUAUGUUUAUCCCUUGAACUUGAGUUUUAAUCCAAAUGUCGAGGAACACCAGAUUUUUCCUACCAUACUAAACAAGAGGGAGGGUCACGUAUUUGCAUUACGUGUGGAUUAUCUCGAUGAUAAAAGUCCUGCAGUUGUUCUUCAUAGAACCCAUAAAAAGAAGAGACAAAGAAAAUAUGAACUUGAAAUUUUCUGUGUUGUUACGGGCUACUUGACUGAUUUCAAGAUAAAGGAUUUUAAUCCUGAUUUUGAUAUUGAGAGCUAUAGAGUCGUA